AUGCCCUACGCUGAGAGAUAUGACAACCCUGUUGAGGAAGAGCUACUUGGAGUGGAGUACGCCUACUGCCAAUCUACAGACUUCACAUCCAAGGAAUACUACAUAGAAAAAGCUGAGGAGGACGACAUCAAGGAGCAAACAGAUGACAACCAAGAGGAAGAUGUUUCAGAUGAUGAGGGUGUGGAGGGUCUGGACUCUGAAGAAUCUGAAGAUCAGAUUGAUAACAUGAAUGCUGACCAUGCUUUUCUUGGCAGUGAAGAGGGUGUAAAAGCGGAGGUUAGUCCAGCCUUAGAAGAUGUAAUGAUGAGUUCCAGCCACCUUCAUCUACCUGGUUAUGAGGAAGUUGAGGGACUAGCCCUGUUACUUCUCGAGCUGGCAGAUGACAGCAACGCCCACAUCAUCCCAGCUCAUCUGCGACAGAAGAUCACUAAAGCUGCAGGACAGCUCCAUGAGCACGACAAAUCUGCGCGUAAUUUUGUUAAAAGAUACGAGUCCAAAUGGGGCUAUACCAUUUUUGGCAGGUGUUUGGGUGCUGGCUCUGCAGAAACCAGUGCAGCACAGAAGACCAAGUUUGGUUGGAUGAGAUAUGCCCAGGCAGCCCACAUAAAUGAAGAGUCGCGUCUCCUUUAUUUACUCAUCAAGAUGUUAAAAAACAGACCCACGGUUUCUGCAAAGUCAUCACCCACCAAAGUAGCCAACAUAGUCAAGGGGCAGUACAAGCGUAUUGUUGACAGGGUAAGAGAUGACCCCAUCCUGGCAGAGCAGGCCAUACCAUUGCCUAACAUCAACGCCAAGUCCAUCACCAACUUUCUCAAUAAACAGGAGAAGAGGGCAAACUACUUGGCAACAUCUCUACCAAAAGUCCAAACCCAUCGGAGAGUGGUAUCCAGUGCCCCUGUACCACAAGCUGCUACCCUCCCUUCUUCUCUCCUGCCACCUUCCCACACUGAAGUUCAAUAUUCCAGUAAGUCACCUGAAUUUGGAAGGAGACAGGGUGAAAAGAGGCGCUCAGCGUUUGAUGAUGAUGAGCCCCACACAAGCCAGACUAGCAUGUCAACCACACCUAACACUCCAUCAACCAGCACCAAGUCCAAGCUACAGUCACUAGCCCCCAAACCCAGCUUGUCUAAGGCGUUUGGUGCACCUAUCCUGUUGGUUGUGCCAUCACAGCCAAGUGCACAGUCACUCAACUUGACACAGCCAUCAGCAGGUAUGCCAUUCACCUUACAAGCCCCACCACCUCCACCUCCAAAGCCCAAACCUCAGAUCCCGAAGGCAUCCAGAAAACCUUGCGCUGCCUGUCAAGUACCGCAGUGUGGGGGACUGCGAAAGCGGUACACACCUUCUAAGGACAAAGCAGAGGGCAGCAAGCAGAACAUUUUUACCUUCUGCCCAACAACAAGAAAGUCUGUAACUCCAGGAUUUCAGAGAGUGUUCACUGAUUUUGAACACUUCAAGCGAGAAGUUGAUGAAGAGCUGCAGAGGAGAAAAAACACUUUAAAACAAUAA